AUGGAACCGGUUCGAACCGGAUCAAACCGGUUCGAACCGGUUCGAACCGGAUCGAACCGGAUGGAACCGGUUCGAACCGGUUCAAACCGGAUCAAACCGGAACAAACCGGGGAGCCCUGCUGGUGGACCAUCCAUCCUGCAUCCAAGCAGCGCUCGGAGGGGGAGAAGGUUCGAGUAGGAGAUGACCUGAUCCUGGUGAGCGUCUCCUCCGAGAGGUACCUGCACCUGAGCACGGCCAGUGGGGAGCUGCAGGUUGAUGCCUCCUUCAUGCAGACCCUGUGGAACAUGAACCCGAUCAGCUCCGGGGGAGAGGAAGGGUACGUGACCGGGGGUCACGUGCUGAGGCUGUUCCAUGGUCACAUGGACGAGUGUCUGACGGCAGCAGCUCCGGAGCAGGGGGAGGAGAGGAGUGUUGUCAGCUAUGAGGGAGGAGCCGUCUGCAGCCAGGCCAGGUCCCUAUGGCGCCUGGAGCCCCUAAGGAUCAGCUGGAGCGGGAGUCACGUGCGCUGGGCUCAGCCCUUCCGCCUGCGUCACGUGACCACGGGCCGGUACCUGGGGCUGCAGGGGGAGCAGGGACUGAUGCUGCUGGAGGCGUCAGCUGCCAACACUCACGUGACCGCGUUCUGCUUCCGGGCCUCCAAGGAGAAGUCGGAGCCUGUUCCCCGCAGGGACAUAGAGGGGAUGGGUCCCCCUGAGCUCAAGUAUGGGGAGUCCCUUUGCUUCCUGCAGCACUUGGACAGUGGCCUCUGGCUGACGUAUGCGGCUGCUGACCCCAAAGCUCUGCGGCUGGGGCUGCUCAAGAGGAAGGCCAUCCUGCACCAGGAGGGUCACAUGGACGACUCCCUGUCGCUCUCGCGCUCUCAGGCGCAGGAGGCUCAGGCAGCAAGAAUGGUCUUUAGUACAGCAGGACUCUAUGGGAGCUUCAUACGCUCAUUGGACGCCCUGGGCUCCCGGCCCCGCUCUGGCCCCGCCCCCCCCGCGCUCCCAUUGGCUGCGGUCGAACUGAGCCUGCGUGACCUGAUCCGGUACUUCCGGUGCCCGCGGGGGGCGGAGCUGCACGAGCAGAGGCAGCGCGCACUGCGCAUGCUCCGGGCGCGCCAGAACCUGUUCCAGCAGGAGGGGUUGGUGUCUCUGCUCCUCACCUGCAUCGAUCGCCUCAGUGGGCUGAGUUCUGCUCUCGCUGAGCGCGGGGGGGGGGAGGAGGCAGCAGCAGCCAAAGAGGUCGUGAACCUGCUCUAUGAGCUGCUGGCCUCCCUGAUCCGAGGCAACCGCUCCAACUGUGCUUUGUUCUGCUCCAACCUGGACUGGCUGGUGGGGAAACUGGAUCGGCUGGAGGCGUCCUCGGGUAUCCUCGAGGUUCUCUAUUGUGUGCUCAUUGAGAGCCCUGAAGUUCUCAACAUCAUCCGAGAGAAUCACAUCAAGUCAAUCAUUGCUCUGCUGGACAAGCAUGGACGGAACCACAAGGUGCUGGACGUUCUCUGCUCUCUCUGUGUCUGUGAUGCUGUCGCCGUUCGCUCCAACCAGAACCUCAUUACUGAGAACCUGCUCCCGCGGAGAGACCUCCUGCUGCAGACAGGGCUGGUGGACAGGGUCACCAGCAUCCGGCCCAACGUGUUCGUGGGCACCCACGCCGGCAGCACCCAGUACCCGCGCUGGUACUAUGAGGUUGUACUGGAGUCACUGGUUCCCUUCCGCGGCGCUGGAGCCACAGUCCUCAGGGUGGGUUGGGCUGCGCUCGGCACCCACAGCCCAGGCCCAGGCAGCACCUGCGGCGCCGGAGACGACCUCAGCUCCUUCGCCUAUGAUGGACUCCACCUGUGGACAGGUGGUGUCCCCCGCUCGGUGCCUGCCCCACAGCGUCGAGCCCUGACCGGAGGUGACGUCAUCAGCUGCUGCCUGGACCUGGGGGUGCCAAGUGCCUCAUUCAGGCUCAAUGGGGCUCCAGUCCAUGGGAUGCUGGAGGCCUUCAACCUGGAUGUGCUCUAUAGCCCUGUGGUCACGUGCUCGGCCGGCGUCAGGCUGCGGCUGCUGCUGGGCGGGCGCCAGGGUCAGUUCCGGUUCCUGCCCCCUCCUGGUUACUCUCCUGUGGCUCAAGCUCUGCUCCCGCGGGAGCGACUGAGACUGGAGCCCUGCAAGGAGCACGAGGGGAGGGGGGGACCCCCCGGGAGCCGGAGCCUGCUGGGGCCCCCCCUGCCCCUGCCCCACACGGCCUUCACCCCCUGCCCUGUGGACACUGCUCAGAUUGUGCUCCCCCCACACCUGGAGCGGGUGAGGGAGAAGCUGGCAGAGAACAUCCAUGAGCUGUGGGCCCUGACCCGCAUCGAGCAGGGAUGGAGCUACGGACCCGUCCGUGAUGAUGCUCAGCGCCUGCAUCCCUGUCUGCUCAGCUUCCAUAACCUGCCCGACCCCGAGCGCAGCUACAACCUACAGAUGUCAGGGGAGACCCUAAAGACCCUAUUGGCCCUUGGCUGCCAUGUGGGGAUGGCUGAUGAGAAAGCUGAAGAGAACCUAAGGAAGAUCAAACUGCCCAAAACGUACACGAUGUCCAAUGGGUACAAGCCGGCACCACUGGACCUGGCCCAUGUGAAGCUGACACCAGCACAGCUGACACUGGUUGACAGACUGGCUGAGAACAGUCACAACGUGUGGGCCCGAGACCGAGUACAGCAGGGCUGGAGCUACAGCACAGUGCAGGACAUCAAGGACAAGCGGAACCCGCGCCUGGUUCCCUACAACCUCCUGGAUGAGAACACCAAGAGCCGUAACCGGGAGAGCCUGGGCCAGGCUGUGAGGACCCUACUGGGCUAUGGGUACAACAUAGAGCCCCCGGACCAGGACACGCCAUCCCUGUCAGCCCCAGGCCCUCCGGGUGUUCGCCCGCGGUUGUUCCGUGCCGAGCGCUCCCUCGCGGUGUCUUCUGGCCGCUGGUACUUCGAGUUCGAGGCUGUGACUGGGGGUCCCAUGCGUGUGGGGUGGGCUCGGCCCCACCUGCGCCCUGACAUCGACCUGGGGGCUGAUGAGCUGGCGUUCGCCUUCGAUGGGCACCGAGCCCAGCGCUGGCACGUGGGCAGCGAGUCCUUUGGUCGCCCAUGGCAAGCAGGGGACGUUGUGGGUUGUAUGAUCGACCUGACUGAGACCCACAUCUCCUUCACCCUCAAUGGGGAGAUGCUCAUCAGUGAUGCUGGAUCCGAGGUGGCCUUCAAGGGCUUCGAUGUGGGUGAAGGGUUCGUCCCUGCCUGCAGUCUCCCUCCCGGCCACUGGGGUCGCCUCAAUCUGGGUUCGGUUGUUUCCUCCCUUCGGUUCUUCACCGUCUGUGGCCUCCAGGAAGGGUUUGAGCCCUUCGGGGUCAACCGGAAGCGACCCCUCCCCCUCUGGGUCAGCCACAGCUGCCCCCGCUUCCUGCCCCUCCCCCCGGAGCACCCACACAUAGAGGUCACGCGCGUUGACGCCACCCCGGACUCCCCCCCCUCCCUCCGCCUGUCCCGGCGCGCGCCCGCGGCCACGCCCCCCUCGGGGGCGGAGCUUGUCCAGCUCCGCCUGAGCCUCCCCGUGCGCUUCCACGCGCGCUUCCGGUGCGCGCCCCCGAUGCCCCCAGGCCCCGCCCCCCCGGCCCCGCCCCCUGACCCCGCCCCUGACCCCGAGGAGGACUUCGAGCGGUUGCGGCGCUCGGCGGCCCCGCCCCCCCGGCCACGCCCCGAUGACGUCGAGGGGACCACGCCCACCGCGCAGCCCCUCCCACCCGGAGCCCCGCCCCCCGAGGCCCCACGGGGGGGGGGAGGGGAGAACGAGAAGGAUGCGGCCACCGAGAAGGGGAAGACACGGAGGGGGUUCCUGUUCAAGGGCCGGAAGGUUCCAUUCUCUCCCCCCCCCACGGCCCCAUCAGUGCCGCGGCUGGAGCAGGAUGUGGUCCCUGCUGAGCGCGAUGACCCUGACGUCAUCCGGGACAGCACCACUCACUACUUCAGCGUCCGCCUGCCCGCGGGUCAGGAUCCCUCAUGCGCCUGGGUCGGGUGGGUGACCCCUGGCUUCCAGCAGCACGAGGUGACCUUUGACCUCAGCCGCGUGCGCAGCGUCACCGUCACCCUGGGGGACAGCCAGGGUCACGUGCACAGGAGCAUCAAGCACAGUGACUGUUACAUGGUGUGGGGAGGGGACCUGGUCAUUGGGCAGCCCAACCGAGUGUCCCACACUGACCUGGUCAUUGGCUGCCUGGUAGACCUGGCGACCGGAUUGCUGAGCUUCAUGGUCAAUGGCACCGAGAUCAGCACCUUCUUCCAGGUGGAACCCAACACGAAGCUGUUCCCAGCUGCCUUUGUGGUCCCAACCAGUCAGAACUUCCUCCAGUUUGAACUGGGCAAGCUCAAGAACAUCCUGCCCCUGUCAGCAGCUCUGUUCAGCAGCGAGCAGGGGAACCCGGAGCCCCAAUGUCCCCCCCGUCUGGGGGUGCAGGUCCUGACCCCCCUGACCUGGAGCCGUCUGCCCAGUGAGAGCCUCAGUGUUGAGGUGGAGAGACUGGGAGAGAGACUGGGCUGGAGCCUGCAGUGCACUGAGCCCUGCAUCAUGAUGGCUCUGCAUGUACCCGAGGAGGACAGAACCAUGGACAUCCUGGAGCUAUGGGAAGACCCCUCCCUGCAGCGCUUCCAACACCACACGUUGCGCCUGUACCGCGCGGUGUGCGCGCUGGGCAACACCCGCGUGGCUCACGCGCUCUGCAGCCACGUGGACCAGGCCCAGCUGCUCUUCUCCAUCGCCUGCACUGAGCUCCCAGGCCCUUUGCGUUGCGGUUACUACGACCUCCUCCUCGCCAUGCACCUGGACGCGCCGCGACGCGCCAUGAGCGCCAUGAGCGCCGAGUUCAUCGUGCCGGUGACGGACGACGCCGCGCGCGUGGCGCUGUCCGCCGGCGGUACCCGCGUACCCGGCGUCGCUCGCGGGGUCUGUCUCCGGCCUAGGCCGCGCUUUGCUGAGCCCUGUUUUAUCCUAGCGCCGGGGAAUGGACACAACCAGUUGAGCCCUUGGAUCCCACUGGGGGAACUGGGAGCUCGCGCCAUAGGGAUGCUGGCGGAGGCGGUGGAGGGAGCGGGGCCGUCGGUCAGGGAUCCCAUAGGGGGCAGUGUGGAGUUUGAACUGGUCCCAGUGCUGAAGCUGGUGUCGGCGCUGCUGGAGCUGGGGGCGCUGGAGGAUGAGGAGGUGAGGAAGGUGCUGAGGAUGAUAGAGCCAAGGGUGUUUGGGGAGGGCAAGGAGGAGGAGGAGGAGGAGGAGGAGAGGAGGAGGAAGGCGAUUGAGGCUGGAGAGGAGGAGGAGGAGGAAGAGGAGAAGGAGGAAGAGGAGAAGGAGGAAGAGGAAGAGAAGGAGAAGGGAGAGGAGGAGGAGAAGGAGGAGGAUGAAGGUCCUCAGGAGGGGCUGCUGCAGAUGAAGCUGCCUGAGUCUGUCAAGCUGCAGAUGUGUGAGCUGCUGCAGUUCUUCUGCUCGCGGGAGCUCCAGCACCGCGUGGAGUCCCUGGUGUGGUUCGCGGCUCAGCACGUGCAGCGGCUGCAGCGCGACCAGCGGCGCCGCUACCAGCGCCUGAUGCAGGCGCUAACCAUGAGCGCGGCCGAGACCGCCAGGAGGACCCGCGAGUUCCGCUCACCCCCUCAGGAGCAGGUGAAUAUGCUGCUGCACUACAAGGAUGGGCUGGAUGAGGAGGAGUGUCCAGUACCUGAGGACAUCCGGGAUGAGCUCCAGGAAUUCCACAACAACCUCCUGGCCCAUUGUGGGAUCCAGCUGCCGCAGGAGGAAGAGGAGGAGGAGGAAGAUGCGUCUCUAGGCCAGCGGCUGCUGGGGCUGGUGCACAGAGUGUUGGGGCGCGGGGGGGGGCACAAGGAGGAGGAGCAGCCCCCUCCCCCCCCCCGAGGAGCCCCCUGCUCCCUCCAGACCCUCAUCUCCCAGACCAUGGUGCACUGGGCUCAGGAAUCCUUCAUCCAGAGCCCGGAGCUGGUGCGCUCCAUGUUCAGCCUCCUGCACCGCCAGUAUGAUGCACUGGGAGAACUGGUGCGUGCCCUGCCCCGAGCCUAUGCCCUGAGCGCCCGCUCCGUGCCCGAUGCCAUCGCCCUGCUCGAGAGCCUCAGUCAGAUCCGCUCCCUGCUCAUCGUGCAGAUGGGGCCGGAGGAGGAGGAUCUGCUCAUACAGAGUAUAGGGAACAUCAUGAACAACAAGGUCUUCUACCAGCACCCGAACCUGAUGCGGGCGCUGGGGAUGCAUGAGACUGUGAUGCAGGUGAUGGUCAGUGUGCUGGGGGGCGGCGAGUCCAAGGAGAUCCGGUUCCCCAAGAUGGUCACCAGUUGCUGCCGGUUCCUGUGCUACUUCUGCCGCAUCAGCCGCCAGAACCAGCGCUCCAUGUUCGACCACCUGGGCUACCUGCUGGAGAACAGCAGCAUCGGCCUGGGGAUGAGGGGCUCCACCCCCCUGGACGUGGCAGCCGCAUCCGUCAUUGACAACAAUGAACUGGCUCUGGCACUGAAGGAGCAGGACCUGGAGAAGGUGGUGUCCUACCUGGCCGGCUGUGGGCUGCAGAGCUGCCCCAUGCUGCUGGCCAAGGGGUACCCCGAUAUCGGCUGGAACCCCUGUGGGGGGGAGAGAUACCUGGACUUCCUGCGCUUCGCUGUCUUCGUCAAUGGUGAGAGCGUGGAGGAAAACGCCAACGUGGUCGUGCGGCUGCUGAUCCGGCGCCCGGAGUGUUUCGGCCCCGCGCUGAGGGGGGAGGGGGGGGCUGGGCUGCUGGCGGCUAUAGAGGAGGCAAUGGGGACAGCUCAGGACCCAGCGCGGGAUGGACCCAGCGGGAGACGGGAGAGGAGACGGGAACUGUUUGGGCCUGAGGAGCCCCCCGAGGAGGGUCGGGUUCAUCUCGGCAAUGCCAUAAUGAGCUUCUAUGCUGCCCUCAUUGACCUGCUGGGGCGCUGCGCCCCCGAGAUGCACCUGAUCCAGGCUGGUAAGGGGGAAGCUCUUCGGAUCCGCGCGAUCCUGAGGUCGUUGGUGCCGCUCGAGGACCUGGUUGGGAUCAUCAGCCUCCCCCUGCAGCUGCCCUGCAUUGGGAAAGAUGGCUCUGUCCUUGAGCCCCGUCUCGCCGCUGGCUUCGCCCCCGAGCACAAGGCCCCCAUGGUUCUGUUCCUGGAUCGGGUCUAUGGGGUCAGCUCCCAGGAGCUGCUGCUGCGGGUGCUGGAUGUGGGAUUCCUGCCGGACCUGAGGGCGGCUGCGUCACUGGACACGGCCACCUUCAGCACCACAGAGAUGGCUCUGGCCCUGAACCGCUACCUGUGCCAGGCGGUGCUGCCGCUGCUGACCAAGUGCGCGCGGCUGUUCGCGGGCAGCCAACACCGCGCGGGGCUGGUGGACUCAGCUCUGCACACCGUGUACCGCCUGUCGCGGGCGCGCGCGCUCACCAAGGCGCAGCGGGAUACCAUCGAUGAGGGGCUGAUGGCGCUAUGCCGGUACAUCCACCCGUCCAUGCUCCAGCAUCUCCUCCGUCGCCUGGUCUUCGACGUCCCCAUCCUCAAUGAGUUCUCCAAGAUGCCUCUGAAGCUGCUGACCAAUCACUACGAGCGGUGCUGGAAGUACUACUGCCUGCCCAGCGGGUGGCCCAAUCACGGCGUGAGCUCCGAGGAGGAGCUGCACCUGACCCGGAAGCUCUUCUGGGGCAUCUUCCAGUCACUGGCGCACAAGCGCUUCGAUCCGGAGCUGUCCCGCUUGGCCAUGCCCUGUCUCUGUGCCAUAGCUGGAGCUCUGCCCCCUGACUAUGCUGAUGCCUCCUACUCCUCCCGCACCGACAAGAAGGCAGCAGUGGAUGCUGAGGGCAACUUCGACCCCAAACCCGUGGAGACCCUCAAUGUCAUCAUCCCUGAGAAGCUGGAUUCCUUCAUCAAUAAAUAUGCAGAAUUCACACAUGAGAAAUGGGCCUUUGAGAAGGUUCAGAGCAAUUGGACCUUUGGGGAGACUGUGGACGAGGAGGCAAAAACACAUCCAAUGCUGAGACCCUAUAAAACCUUCUCGGAGAAGGACAAGGAGAUCUACCGCUGGCCAAUCAAGGAGUCCCUUAAGGCCAUGCUGGCCUGGGAGUGGACAGUGGAAAAGGCUCGAGAGGAAGAGGAGAAGGUGGAGAAGAAGAAGAGCCGCAAGAUAUCCCAGUCAGCCCAGGCCACCUAUGACCCCAGCCAUGGCUACAGCCCCCAGCCCGUGGACCUGUCGGGGGUGACUCUGUCCCGGGAGCUGCAGGCUAUGGCAGAGCAGUUGGCUGAGAACUACCACAACACUUGGGGCCGCAAGAAGAAGCUGGAGCUGGAGGCCAAAGGGGGGGGCUCGCACCCGCUGCUCGUGCCCUAUGACACACUCACGGCUCAGGAGAAGGCUCGAGACCGAGAGAAGGCUCAAGAGCUGCUCAAGUUCCUGCAGCUGCAGGGAUAUGCGGUCACCAGGGGCCUCAAGGACCUGGAACUCGACACAUCCUCCAUAGAGAAACGUUUUGCCUUCGGGUUCCUGCAGCAGCUGCUCAAGUGGAUGGACACGUCCCAGGAGUUCAUCGCGCACCUGGAGGCUGUUGUCAGCAGUGGCCGAGUGGAGAAGUCCCCACAUGAGCAGGAGAUCAAGUUCUUUGCCAAGGUGCUGCUGCCCCUCAUCAACCGCUACUUCCACAACCACUGUGGGUACUUCCUGAGCACCCCAGCACUGGCUCUGGGCACUGGGGGUCAUGCAUCCAACAAGGAGAAGGAGAUGGUGACCAGCCUCUUCUGCAAGCUGGCGGCACUGGUGCGGCACCGUGUGUCACUGUUCGGGACGGAUGCUCCGGCUGUAGUGAACUGUCUGCACAUCCUGGCGCGCUCCCUGGAUGCCAGGACAGUGAUGAAGUCAGGCCCAGAGAUAGUCAAGGCUGGUCUGCGCUCCUUCUUCGAGGGGGCAGCUGAGGACAUGGAGAAGCUGGUGGAGAACCUGAGGCUGGGGAAGGUGUCUGGGGGCAAGCGCCAGGUCAAGGGGGUGGCUCAGAACCUGAGUUACACUGGAGCUGCUCUACUGCCUGUGCUGAGCUCCUUGUUCCAGCACCUGGGACAGCUCCGAUGCGGGGACGAUGUUAUAUUGGAUGAUGUCCAGGUCUCCUGUUACCGCAUCCUCAGCAGCAUCUACUCCCUGGGUACCACCAAGAACCCCUAUGUGGAGAGGCAGCGCCCGGCGCUCGGGGAGUGUCUCGCCCGCUUGGCGGCCGCGAUGCCUGUGGCCUUCCUGGAGCCACAUCUCAACCACCUCAACCCAUGUUCCGUCUAUAGCACCAAGUCUGCCCGCGAGCGCGCGGUUCUGGGCCUCCCAAGCCGCGUCCAGGACCUGUGCCCUGACCUCCCGUCCCUGGAUCACCUGAUGGGUGACAUCGGAGCCCUGGCGGAAUCCGGCGCUCGGUACACGGAGAUGCCUCACGUGAUCGAGGUGACCCUGCCCAUGCUGUGCAGUUACCUGCCGCGCUGGUGGGAGCGCGGCCCCGAGGCCAGGCCCGAGGGUCCUUGCGCCACCGCGGUCACCGGCGCUCACCUCAACACCCUCCUGGGGAACAUCCUGCGCAUCGUGGUCAACAACCUGGGCAUCGAUGAGGCCGCGUGGAUGAAGAGGCUGGCGGUGUUUGCCCAGCCCAUCGUGAGCAAGGCGAAGCCUCAGCUGCUUCGCUCCCACUUCAUCCCCACCAUGGAGAAGCUCAAGAAGCGCGCGGGGAAGGUGGUGGCGGAGGAGGAGCAGCUGCGGAUGGAGGCCAGGGGGGAGGGGGAGGAGACUGAGCUGCUCAUCCGCGACGAGUUCUCCGUCCUCUGCCGCGACCUCUACGCGCUCUACCCGCUGCUCAUCCGCUACGUGGACAACAGCCGGGCCCAGUGGCUGACGGAGCCCAACGAGGAUGCUGAGGAGCUGUUCCGCAUGGUCGGAGAGGUCUUCAUCUAUUGGUCCAAGUCCCACAACUUCAAGCGUGAGGAGCAGAACUUCGUGGUGCAGAAUGAGAUCAAUAACAUGUCCUUCCUGACGGCCGAUAGCAAGAGCAAGAUGGCCAAGGGUGGCUCAGCCCCAGAGCGCUCUCAGGCCCCUCGCCGCGGGGACAGAUACUCAGUUCACACCUCCCUCAUUGUGGCCACACUCAAGAAGCUGCUUCCCAUUGGCCUCAAUCUCUGCUCACCUGCAGACCAGGAGCUCAUUGCUCUGGCCAAGGGCAGAUAUGCAAUGAAGGACACAGAUGAGGAAGUUCGAGAGUUCCUGACCAACAACCUGCACCUGCAGGGGAAGGGACAGAACAGCGCCUCCCUCCGCUGGCAGAUGAUGCUGUUCCGCUCUCUUGCCGGUCGAGCCGCAGACGCUCAGAGCCCUGAACGUGUCGUGCGCAGGGUGCAGGAGGUGGCAGCAGUUCUGUACCACCUGGAGCAGACUGAGCACUCCUACAAGUCCAAACGUGCCGUGUGGCACAAGCUGCUGUCCAAGCAGCGCCGCAGAGCUGUGGUCGCCUGCUUCCGCAUGGCCCCGCUCUAUAACCUGCCCAGGCACCGCGCCUGUAACCUGUUCCUGGAAGCCUAUAGGCUGCAGUGGCUGCAGCCCCAGGAGCAUCCCUUUGAGGACCGAAUGAUUGAUGACCUGGCGGCCUCGGGGCAGGAGGAGGAGGAGGAGGAGGAAGAGGAGGAGAAGAAACCGGAUCCACUUCAUCAGCUGAUCCUGCACUUCAGCCGCACGGCCCUGACCGAGGGCAGCAAGCUGGAGAGCGACCACUUGUACAUGGCCUAUGCUGGUAUCAUGGCCAAGAGCUGCCACAUUGAGGAGGAGGAAGAGGAAGAGGAGGAGGAGCAGGAGGAGGAAGAGGCUGAGGAUUCCUUUGAGGAGAAGGAGCUGGAGAAGCAGAAGCUUCGGUACCAGCAGGGGAGGCUGCACGAGAGAGGAGCAGCUGAGAUGGUUCUGCAGAUGCUGAGCGCGUGCAAGGGUGAACGAGGCUCUAUGGUCUCCUCCACACUCAAGUUGGGGAUUUCCAUCCUGAACGGAGGCAACGCGGAAGUGCAGCAGAAAAUGCUGGAUUACCUGAAGGAGAAGCGCGAGGUUGGAUUCUUCCAGAGCCUCCAGGCCCUGAUGCAAACCUGCAGUGUCCUGGACCUCAAUGCCUUCGAGCGGCAGAACAAGGCUAUGGGGCUGGGGAUGGUGGCAGAGGACGGCACCAUCAGCAGAGACAAUGGGGAGAAGGUGAUGGCGGAUGAUGAGUUCACCCAGGACCUGUUCCGGCUCCUGCAGCUGCUGUGUGAGGGACACAACAAUGACUUCCAGAACUACCUGCGGACGCAGACGGGGAACACGACAACCAUAAACAUCAUUAUCUGCACCGUGGAUUACCUGCUGCGGCUGCAGGAGUCCAUCAGUGAUUUCUAUUGGUACUACUCUGGCAAGGAGGUGAUUGAUGAACACGGGAAGAGAAACUUCUCCAAAGCAAUGGCCGUGGCCAAGCAGGUGUUCAACAGCCUGACCGAGUACAUCCAGGGCCCGUGCACUGGGAACCAGCAGAGCCUGGCCCACAGCCGUCUAUGGGAUGCUGUCAUUGGCUUCCUGCAUGUGUUUGCCCACAUGAUGAAGAAACUGGCCCAGCACUCCAGCCAGAUUGGGCUGCUGAAGGAGCUGCUGGACCUGCAGAAGGACAUGGUGGUGAUGCUGCUGUCCCUGCUGGAGGGUAACGUGGUGAACGGCACCAUCGCCCGGCAGAUGGUUGACAUGCUGGUGGAGUCAUCCUCCAACGUCACCAUGAUCCUCAAGUUCUUCGACACCUUCCUCAAGCUCCGGGACAUUGUUUCCUCCGACGCCUUUCGCGCCUCCAUCACCGACCCCAGAGGCCUCAUGUCCAAGAAGGACUUUCAACGUGCGAUGGACAACCAGAAACAACUGGAACCUUCCGAGAUCCAGUUCCUGUUGUCCUGCUCCGAGGCCGACGAGAACGACAUGAUCGACGUCGACUCCUUCGCCUGCCGCUUCCAGGAGCCUGCGCGGGACAUUGGCUUCAAUGUGGCCGUGCUGCUGACCAACCUGUCUGAGCACGUCCCCCAUGACCAGCGGCUGCACACCUUCCUGGAGCACGCCUCCAGCAUCCUCGAGUACUUCAGGCCCUUCCUGGGCCGUAUAGAGGUGAUGGGGUCGGCGCGGCGCAUCGAGCGCCUGUACUUCGAGAUCAGCGCGGCCAACAAGGCUCAAUGGGAGAUGCCUCAAGUCAAGGAGUCCAAGCGCCAGUUCAUAUUCGAUGUGGUCAAUGAGGGAGGUGAGGCCGAGAAGAUGGAGCUGUUCGUCAGCUUCUGCGAGGACACCAUCUUCGAGAUGCAGAUCGCGUCGCGGCUGUCGGAGGACGGGACCGCGGCGCCGGAGACGGACGACGGCUCCGAUGAUGGAGACGAUGAUGGAGGCGAGGCCAGCGCUGAAGCGAGGCCGCGCUGGAGCCGCGUCCUGGCGCUCUGCAGGCGCCGCCUGCGCCAAUGGAGGCGGAGGCCGUGCCGGGAGCUGGCGCGUGCCGCGGGCGGCGGGUUGGGCCGUGCGCUGUGGGGCGCGGCCGGCGCCGGCUGUGGGGCUGUGAGCGCUAUGGGGCGGGUGCUGUGGGGUGCAGUGUUCGGGGGGGGGCUGGUGGAGGGGGCGCAGAGGUUGGCGCUGGCUGAGGUGCUGGCUGGGAUGCCUGACCCCACGCAGGACGCGGUGGGGGGGGCGGCUGUGGGGGGGGAGGGGGAGGAUGGGGGGGGGCCCAUAGAGGAGCUGGGCCCCAUAGAGGAGGCUCAGGAGGAGAAGGAGGAGGAGGAGGAGGAGGAGGAGGAGGAGGAAGGCAAAGGGAAGGCAAUGCCAUUGGUGCCACUUGGGGGGCAGAAGGAGCAUCCCCGUCUGGCUGCGCUCGAGGCCACAGUUGGGGGGCUCGGGGACAUCGGGGAACCCCCCGGAGCUGAGCCCCCCACCCCCGAGGGGAGCCCCAUCCUGCGGAGGAAGGGGGGGGAGGUUGCAGAGGAGCUGGUGCAGGAGCAGCAGCAGAAGGAGGAGAAGGAAGAGGCCGAGGAGGAGAAAGCUGACACCGAGAACGGGGAGAAGGGGGGGGCCGAGGGGGGGCCCGAUCCUGUGCCCCCCAAGAGGAGGAGGUCGGUGCCCAAGGCGCGUAAGGAACCUCCAAGUGAUGGAGCCUUCGAGGUGUGGGGCGAGCUCGAGGUGCAGAGGGUGAAGUUCCUGAAUUACCUCUCGCGCAACUUCUACAACCUGCGGUUCCUGGCUCUGUUCCUUGCCUUCGCCAUCAACUUCAUCCUCCUCUUCUAUAGGGUCUCGGAGCACCCCCCGGGCACGGAGGAGGGGGAGGAGGGCUCAGGGGGCGGGGCCAUGGCCGAGGAGGGGGCGGAGCCAGAGGAGGCCCCGCCCAUUCAUUACGUGCUGGAGGAGGGCACUGGGUACAUGCAGCCGGCGCUCAGAGCUCUUGCGCUUGCGCACACGCUCGUGGCCUUCCUCUGCAUCAUUGGCUACAACUGCCUCAAGAUCCCACUGGUGAUCUUCAAGCGGGAGAAGGAGCUCGCUCGCAGCCUCGAGUUCUCAGGGCUCUACAUCAGUGAGCAGCCCCCGGACGAUGACGUCAAGGGCCAAUGGGACCGGCUCGUGCUCAAUGCCCAAUCCUUCCCAAGGAACUACUGGGACAAGUUCGUCAAGAGGAAGGUCCUGGACAAGUAUGGGGCCAUCUAUGGGCGCGAGCGCAUCGCGGAGCUGUUGGGCAUGGACCUGGACAGCCUCGAGAUAGGGGCGAGGGGGGAGAGGAGGCCCCCCCCGGACAGCUCCUUCAUCACGUGGGUCGCGGCCAUUGAUGUUCGAUAUCAGAUCUGGAAGUUUGGGGUCAUCUUCACUGAUAACUCCUUCCUCUACCUCACCUGGUACAUGGUCAUGUCCCUGCUCGGUCACUACAACAACUUCUUCUUCGCCUCUCACCUCUUGGACAUUGCUAUGGGGGUGAAGACCCUGAGAACCAUCCUGUCCUCUGUGACCCACAACGGCAAGCAGCUCACCAUGACCGUGGGGCUCUUGGCUGUUGUCGUCUAUCUUUACACUGUCGUCGCCUUCAACUUCUUCCGCAAGUUCUACAAUAAGAGUGAGGAUGAGGAUGAGCCUGACAUGAAGUGUGAUGAUAUGAUGACGUGUUACCUGUUCCACAUGUACGUUGGGGUUCGCGCCGGGGGAGGCAUCGGGGACGAGAUCGAGGACCCAGCAGGGGACGAGUAUGAGCUUUAUAGGGUCGUGUUCGACAUCACCUUCUUCUUCUUCGUCAUCGUCAUCCUGCUCGCCAUCAUCCAGGGUCUGAUCAUUGAUGCCUUUGGGGAGCUGAGGGAUCAGCAGGAGCAAGUGAAGGAGGACAUGGAGACCAAGUGCUUCAUCUGUGGCAUCGGGAGCGAUUACUUCGACACGACCCCACACGGCUUCGAGACCCACACGUUGGAGGAGCACAACCUGGCCAACUACAUGUUCUUCCUCAUGUACCUGAUCAAUAAGGAUGAGACUGAGCACACGGGGCAGGAAUCCUAUGUCUGGAAGAUGUACCAGGAAAGAUGUUGGGAUUUCUUCCCGGCCGGAGACUGUUUCCGGAAGCAAUAUGAGGAUCAAUUGGGAUGAACCCCCCCCAUUGAUCCCCAUUGAUUCCCAUUGAUCCCCAUUGAUCCCCAUUGAUCCCCAUUGA